CCACAUCUUCACGCUGAGCAUUGGCUUCCACCAUGUUCGCGUUCAACACCAUCGCAGCAAGAUUCAUCAAAGUUGAUCGGCUACCACCAGCACUCAGCGACAAGCAAAAUUAAUUUUGCAAGGUGCGGAUGCUACAAAUCAGCUAGUCACGCGCAUCGCGCACAUUUAUCCAACCUUCCGCGGCUGCCGGCACUAGGCGCAAGAUCUAACAAUGUUCAACUUCUGCUCGCUCCAAGGCGCGCUGUCGGGGUCUGUCGCCUCCCAGUCGCUCUUGGAGCUUGAUGGAGGUAUCAAGGUGCUAAUUGAUGUCGGCUGGGACGAGUCGUUUGAUGCAUCCAAGCUUGAAGAGCUUGAAAGACAAGUACCGACCCUUUCGUUUAUCCUCCUUACCCAUGCGACCGCCUCACACUUGGCAGCCUACGCACACUGCUGUCACAACUUCCCCCUCUUUACAAGAAUACCCGUCUAUGCUACGCGCCCAGUCAUCGACUUUGGCAGGACGUUAACGCAAGAUCUCUACGCCUCGUCUCCUGCUGCGGCUACCACAAUCUCCGAAGCAUCGAUAACCGAAACCGCAUAUGCGUACGCUAAUUCACCGGCCGCUGUUGCUGCAGAGAACCUGCUUCUUCAAGCACCUAGCCCUGACGAUAUCGCACGAUACUUCUCUCUGAUACAACCGCUUAAAUACUCACAACCCCUCCAACCUCUUCCUUCGCCAUUUUCGCCGCCGCUUAAUGGUUUAACUGUUACGGCGUAUAACUCAGGCCAUACACUUGGCGGUACGAUCUGGCAUAUCCAACACGGCUUGGAAUCCAUCGUUUAUGCAGUGGAUUGGAACCAGGCUCGAGAGAAUGUUUUUGCAGGUGCGGCUUGGCUAGGAGGCGCUGGUGGAAGCGGUACAGAAGUCAUUGAGCAACUGCGGAAACCUACAGCGCUCAUUUGUAGCAGUCAUGGCUCUGAGAGGAAUGCUCUGGCGGGUGGAAGGGUCAAGCGUGACGAGCAUAUGCUGGAAAUGAUUAAACAGUGCGUCGCAAGGGGAGGUACUGUUCUUAUCCCUAUUGAUUCAAGCGCUCGAGUGCUUGAGCUUUCGUACAUGCUGGAACAUGCCUGGCGAACCGACGCAGCUGCCAACGGGCCUCUGCACGAGGUCAAGCUGUAUCUCGCUGGACGUAACAUGUCUAGCACAAUGCGAUAUGCCAGAAGUAUGCUCGAGUGGAUGGAUGACUCGAUUGUUCAAGAAUUUGAAGCGUACGCAGAAGGCCAGCGCAAGACAAAUGGCACAAGUGAUAAGAAGGACGGAGGACCAUUCGAUUUUAAGUUUAUGCGCUUGCUGGAGCGUAAAGCCCAGAUUACAAAGCUGCUAAGUGGUGAUAUUGAUGCUAGCCGAGGCCGGGUCAUUCUCGCCAGCGACACCAGUGUUGAAUGGGGAUUUUCGAAAGAUAUUAUCCGCAACCUCGCAGCCAAUGAGAAGAACCUCGUUAUCCUCACCGACCGUCCAGGUGUCUCUCAGGAGAAGGCGCCAUCUAUUGCGAGGACCCUCUGGGAUUGGUGGAAAGAAAAGAAACACGGCGUGGUCGCGCAACAAACGGCCUCGGGAGAUUCUAUCGAACUGGUCCGCGCUGGUGGCCGUGAUUUGGUUGUUCGAGAGGCAGAGAAGAAACCCUUGGACGGCGAUGAGCUUAACAUGUAUCAACAGUGGUUAGCGACUCAGCGUCAACUUCAGGCUACACAACAAACUGGUACAACAACGCUAGAGACAGGAGGCGAUGUCGACGAUGUUUCAUCAGAGUCGUCAUCCGACUCUGAAGACGAAGAUGGACAACAACAAGGAAAAGCGUUGACCGUCUCGGCAACUCUAGGACAAGCCCGUAAGAAUGUGGUGCUCAAGGAUGAGGACCUCGGUGUGAGCAUUUUGAUUAAGAAGAAAGGCGUCUAUGACUUUGACUCUCGUGGACGCAAGGGGCGUGAGAGAUCGUUCCCCGUGGCAGUCCGCCGAAAGCGUACCGACGAUUUUGGUGAGCUGAUUCGACCCGAAGACUUCCUCAGAGCCGAGGAGAAGGAAGACGACCCGGUAGAAGGAAUUACAGCUGUUGGCGACGAUGCCGACGUUGGAAAGAAGCGGAAAUGGGACGAAGUAGCCACCAGCGCCGUUAAGAAGCAGCAGCCAAACUGGGCUGCAUCAACUGAGCCCUCCGAAGGCGAAGAGCUCUCGCGCGCCGAGCCGGACGAACUAGAUUUGGUUGAGGACUCGGAAGCCCCGGAACCUGUUGGCCCAAGCAAGCUCGUCUACCAUACAGAGACAGUGGCUGCGCAGAUGCAGAUUGGUUUCGUGGACUUUAGCGGUCUGCAUGACCCACGCAGUUUGAACAUGCUUAUCCGUCUGAUUCAACCUCGCAAACUCAUUCUCGUGUCCGGCACUGAGGACGAGACUAUGGCGCUGGCCGAGGACUGCCGUGCAUUGCUCAGCAACGCGACCGAAGGAGAGCGCGCAGCAUCGGACGUCUUCACACCAGCUGUUGGCGUGGUAAUUGAUGCUAGCGUCGACACCAACGCCUGGGUCGUCAAGCUUGCAGACCCGUUGGUCAAGAAGCUCAAAUGGCAAAACGUCCGUGGUCUGGGCAUUGUGACGAUAUCAGGCCAGCUCCUCGCAGCCGCCAUGCAGGUCAAGCCCGACGAGGAUGACAAUGAACAAAGCCCUAACAAGCGACAAAAGACUGCUCAAACCAGUCUACAAAACGCUCUGGUCCCUGCGGCUACCGCCAUGCCCACGUUGGAUGUGGUACCGAGCCACCUUGCCUCUGCUACUCGAGCUGUAGUCCAGCCGCUGCAUGUUGGCGAUCUCCGCCUUCCUGACCUGCGACGCGCAAUGCAGGCCGCAGGACACACCGCAGAAUUCCGCGGCGAGGGUAUCCUGGUUGUGGACGGCGCAGUUACGAUCCGCAAGACGGGCGACGGCCGAAUCGAUGUCGAGAGCGUUGGUCUGCCUGGUGUUGGUCGCAAGAACGCGCUGCAUGAUGUGCGAAGGGCCAUUUACGACAACCUGGCCGUCGUUGCAGGUGCAUAAACAAACCAUACCCAAUAUGGAGGCAUGAUAUCUACACGUCAUUCACUUUGACAUUUUAAUUAUUUUGCAGUUUUAUCAUUAUAUACAAUGGUUAUAUGGAGUUGGUUGAGCGGGAAAUGGCGGUUGGUUCGCUUUGAGGGAGAGAACCAUGUAUGAGUAGUAAGCACGUCAAUAAAAAAAACAGCAUCUAGAUGUUCUAUUAUGAAGCAAGAAUAUCGCUUGUUCACAGGCUGGGGUAUUACAGUAGAGCUUUCUAUAAAUGCGCCAGAAUGACAGCCAGUAUCUACUCGUCAGUCAUUUCGUGCGUGGUGUGAUUAUAAUACAUGUCCUAACCAAAACUAACGCCAAGUAAUGCAAAUUUCGCUAUCCCAAGAAAGUUUUGUGUCUACCAGUCGAUAGCACGCAGCCAAAGGACUCAGGAAGUGGCUUUCAUAUCGACCAUUUCGUAUGUCCCUUGGCCAUCCUUGCCCUUUCCUUUACCCGAGCCACGCACAAAGCCGUCCUCCUCUCCAGCAGCCGCCUCAAGGUCGUCGUCUUCCGCGCUAGUCUGGCCCCUUGAGGCCGAGCCACCGGUUGAGUUGAGGAUGCGGCCGCCAAAGAAGACUGGCUGUAGCUCGCGGUACUGGCAUCCCCACAUUCCCAGGGACACUGCAAGCAUCGAUGAUGCAAGCAUGGUGAACCACCACAUGGAGUUUGUCGGUAUCGAAUUUGUAAAUAUCGUCGUGAUGAUGAGAUGCAGGAAGUGUAUUGUCAGGGCGAAGUCGGGAACGAGCUUGCUUCGAGCGAUAAGUAUAACAAUAGCGACCGCCCUUUAGAGUACAACGUUAGCAUACGAAAUGACAAAGGAAAGGCUGACUAGCCGGGGAGAUUCUUACAUGCAAAAACCACCAUUGAAUAUCCAAAUAAACGCCAUUAACCACCCUUGGGUAGUAUCGCCGCGGACAGCGUCCCAGCCUAGCAGGAGGUUCGACGAGAGGGGCAGGCCGGCCACAAGCGUGGUGAAGACGAUGAGGACGAUGGCGACGACAUAGUAUAGGGCUUGGAGAGUAGCUAUCUGCGCGGCGGUUCGCAACGGCUGGAGCUCAGCCAAGGCACCGGCCCUUGGCGGUCUGCGUCUUCGCGGCAUCUAGAGUGCUGUGUUGUAUAUUUUGAGCGAGCGUCCUGACACUGGCGACUCUGCUUGAAUGCGCGGAGAUGUCGAUUCAAAGAGAGCGAUAAAAGAGAAAAAGGAGCGUUAAGGAAAGUGAUGUAAGGAGAGGACAGGCGGUUGCCGUUGUUCGGGAGCGGCGCUGGAGAGAUAGACACGUCGGAGCUCCAGGCGCAUUCGCAAGGGGUGGCAAACGUCGCGCAGACCGGCUGUCGGCGCUGAGGAUCGGUAAAUGGCCUCAGCAGUGGUGCUUGAUUAGAGGACAAUAAAUAAAGUACUGCCUUGUUGCGCUGCAGCUCAAGUGCAAGACGCAAAAAAAGAGAAGAAAGUCUCCAAGAAAAUCGAGGAUGAAAGUCGCUGCGCCGCGAUGUCGCUGCAACGGUGUUAAGGAGAGCUCUCUAGGCUGCCUUAUACCGGAGAGUAGUGUACCAGCCAGCUGGCGCGGGUCUGGCAACUGUGGG